AUGUCUGGAGCAUCAGACUUUUUAUCGAAGGGAAUAGAUUUAGUUCAAAAAGCUAUUGAUGCUGAUACUGCCACUCGAUAUGAAGAAGCUUAUAAAUUAUAUUAUAAUGGAUUAGAUUAUUUAAUGUUAGCGAUUAAAUAUGAAAAGAAUCCUAAAUCGAAAGAAUUAGUGAAAUCGAAAUUCACUGAAUAUUUAACUAGAGCUGAACAAUUGAAAGAUCAUUUAGAAAAACAACAAAAUAAAAAUGGAGGUGGAGAAAGUUCAUCAAGUAAUGGAUCUACAAAAGCUAAGAAAGAUGGUGGUUCAGGUGGUUCAGGUGGUGGUGAUGAUGAAGAUGCUGAUAAUAAGAAAUUAAGAGGGGCUUUAGCAGGAGCUAUUCUUUCUGAAAAACCCAAUGUUAGUUGGAGUGAUAUUGCAGGUUUAGAAACUGCUAAGGAAGCUCUUAAAGAAGCAGUCAUUUUACCCGUUAAAUUUCCUCAAUUAUUCGUAGGUAAUAGAAAACCAACUAGUGGUAUAUUAUUAUAUGGACCACCAGGUACAGGUAAAUCAUAUCUAGCUAAAGCUGUUGCCACUGAAGCUAAUUCUACAUUUUUUUCCGUUAGUUCAUCAGAUUUAGUAUCGAAAUGGAUGGGAGAAUCAGAAAGAUUAGUUAAACAAUUAUUCACUAUGGCUCGAGAAAAUAAACCAUCGAUUAUAUUCAUUGAUGAAGUCGAUGCUCUUUGUGGUCCAAGAGGUGAAGGUGAAAGUGAAGCUCUGAGAAGAAUUAAAACAGAAUUAUUAGUACAAAUGAAUGGGGUUGGAAAUGAUUCAUCAGGGGUAUUAGUAUUAGGUGCCACCAAUAUUCCAUGGCAAUUGGAUGCUGCUAUUAGAAGAAGAUUUGAAAGAAGAAUUUAUAUACCAUUACCUGAACUUGAAGGUAGAACUCGAAUGUUUGAAUUAAAUAUUGGUGAAACUCCUUGUGAAUUAGGAAAUCAAGAUUAUAAAUUAUUAGCUGAAAUGACAGAUGGUUAUUCUGGUAGUGAUAUUGCCGUGGCUGUAAGAGAUGCAUUAAUGGAACCAAUUAGAAAAAUUCAACAAGCCACUCAUUUUAAACCAGUUACGAUUGAUGGAGAUGAUAAAGAAAGAUAUACUCCAUGUUCACCUGGAGAUGUAGGAGCUAGAGAAAUGAAUUGGAUGGAUAUUGAAAGUGAUGAAUUACAAGAACCUCCUUUAACCAUAAAGGAUUUCAUUAAAGCCAUCAAGAAUAAUAGACCAACUGUUAAUGCUGCUGAUAUUGAAAAUCAUGUUAAAUUUACAAAUGAUUUUGGUCAAGAAGGUAACUAA